UCAACAUCACCACCACCACCACCACGACAGUCCUACCAGCGCGUCGACACGCGAAUACAACCGGCAAUCAUGUCCUACUAUGACGUGGACGCUAUCCUGACGGAUGCAGAGAAAGUCCCCUGCCAAUUCGAGCUCGACGUCCCGUACCUAGGCCAUCUCGACAACUCUACGCAAGGCCUCAAGCCAAACACACAACUCCAACUGCCGCUAUGGCUUGCUGAGAUGCUUGCCCUCGCCUCCUCUGGUAGUCCCGAUUCGAAACCCCCGCUGACACUCAACCUCCCUCCCUGCCUGAGCGACCAGGUCGUCAGUGCCUUGAAGGCCGAUCCGCGUGCCAUUACAGUCCGCGACCAGAGCGCGCACUUUUACGGCAUCGGCGUGCGUAUGCUGGAUCUCUUUGACGAGGCAGAGCUCGGCGCGGUCCUGAGACGGUCGUUUCUCAUCCGCGCCAAUGAUAUUGGUCUGCACGCACGCAAGGCCGACGAGGGCGUCACGGCUGGCCAGGGACAGGAGUUUCUGCGUGGCCUGGACGAGUGGGAGCGAAGCCUGUUUCGAAAGAGCCACGAGGCCGUCAAGGGAGCAAAAGAAUGGACCGAACGGGUCAAGAAGAAUUAAAAAAUUGGUAGUGUGCAGCGUGCCGCAGGCAGCACAUGCAUCAGCAACGACGUUAUGAAUCACCACCUCUUGGAAAAGCCGACGCCGUCUGUCUACAGUGUACAGUACAACACGGCAUUUCAUUGCAUAUAUAUCAUUAGCAUUAUAAUAUUAUGAAUUAGACAUUAGAGUCAAAGAGUCCAGCGUUGUAUGUGUCCCCAUCAUUCCAGCUUGCUUAUAGCCUCGUCAAGCUCCGGCGUAGUGCCCAUAUACUUCCAGUACACAGCUGUCGCCGUCGCCACUGCCAACCACAACCACGUCAAGAGCAUCUCGCGCAUCUCCAGCGCGAUAAAGUAGUAGUUGGAGUACCGGACCACGUUGUACGUCACGUAGCCAACACCCGCGCCGAACAAGUAUACUGCCAGCGGCAGCCUGCCACCACGCGGCGCCAACAGACUCAAACCCCUGCUCACAUUGUUCUGGAACAGAACAGAAACCAACAAAAGACGACUCAUAGAUCCCACGCUCUCCGUCACCAGAUUCCACAGCAUCCUCAGGCUCUCUGGCGCGCCGUACACAGCAACCUUGACCACCGACACCAGCAGCGCAGCCGCCCACGCCGCCUCGCCAUACACAUACUCAGCAUGCAUUACCGCCAUACUCAGCAGCACCACCAUGAGCACAUCACUAACCAUCUUCUCUUUAAGUAUCCGCUUCAUCGCGUCCCUCCGCACCACCAUAAUCUCAUAACUCAAGAAAAACGACAUCAAGCCCUGCCGGAUCGACGCGUACGCCAUCAUGGUCACCGCCCACACGCCCACUCUACCAAUCGGCACGCGCAGCAUCUCCUCGAGCACAAAGUACGGCGACGACUUGGCCAUCUUCAUGAGCUCCAGCGAGCUGCUAAACAGCGGCUGCUGCCCCAGCCAGGGCACUGCAAUCCGCCGCACAUGGUUCACCAGCACUGCGGCCACCAGCUUGCCCCAGGCCGCGGCGUAUCCGUCCGACAGCAGAAAGGCCCGCAUGGCAGGGUAGACGCUCUUGGUGGUGAGUGUGCCCUGGUACAGUUCAAACAAGGGGCUGAGGAAGAGCGCAAGGCUGCUGCUGCUCUCGCGACGACGACCUGAUUCUUCUGUUUCAGCAGGGCGAGAAGAAGCAGUUGCUGACCCCGCCUCGGGCAUCUCUCGAGGAGCCAUGUCUGGGCUUGCGGGCGGCGACAUGCGGUCCAUGGUGUGUGCUUUGCUUGCUACAGCAGGCCUCACGGGCAAGGUUGAUUUUGUGGUUGGUUUGCAAAAAAGAGCAGCAGGCGCUGAGUUUCGGUCGUUUGCCGAAAGUUCAGCAGUUUAGCUUGAUUGGGUGUUUGAUGCGUGAUGCACGAUGGCUGGC